GGGUCUGAUCCUGUCGCUUGACUCGCUCCGCCCUGAGAUCAGACAGGAAGUGAAUGGAGACAGACUGAGAACAGGCCAGAGUUUCAAACACACUCUUUGAUGAAAUAAACUCAUGAGAUAUCAGCUGAGCACUACAGAACACAGCACAGCACCGGAAGAAACUGACGGGAGUAGAGGAGAUGGACGCUUGACUCUUCAAAACUAGUUUAACUAGCUCUACACGCGAGGAGAAACGUGGUGAUGGCGCAGGAGAGCGCGGUGCAGUACGAGCCGGUGGCGGAGAUCGGCGGUGGGGCGUACGGGACCGUCUACAAGGCUCGAGAUCGAGACAGCGGGCAGUUUGUGGCUCUGAAGAGUGUGAGAGUGCAGACCAAUCAGGACGGCCUCCCUGUGUCCACGGUGCGAGAGGUGGCUCUGCUCAAACGACUCGAGCAGUUCGACCAUCCCAACAUCGUCAGGCUGAUGGACGUGUGCGCCACACUGAGAACAGACCAGGAAACUAAAGUGACUCUAGUGUUUGAACACGUGGAUCAGGACCUCAGGACGUAUCUGGAGAAAGUGCCGGCACCCGGACUGCCCAUCGACCGGAUCAGAGAUUUGAUGCAGCAGUUGCUGUGUGGUCUGGCGUUCUUGCACUCGAAUCGAGUUCUCCAUCGGGACCUGAAGCCGGAGAACAUCCUGGUGACCAGCAGAGGGCAGGUGAAGCUGGCUGACUUCGGGCUGGCGCGCAUCUACAGCUGCCACAUGGCGCUCACACCGGUGGUGGUGACGCUGUGGUAUCGCUCUCCUGAGGUGCUGCUCCAGACCUCUUACGCCACGCCGCUGGACAUCUGGAGCACCGGCUGCAUCUUCGCUGAGAUGUUCAGACGCAAACCUCUCUUCUGUGGAGAUUCAGAGGUGGACCAACUGGCCAAGAUCUUUGCGGUGAUCGGCCUGCCGGCUGAAGACGAGUGGCCCACUGAUGUCACUCUGUCCCGGCAGAACUUCAGCCCUCAAACCACUCAGCCAAUCACAGACUGCGUUCCUGAGAUCAACGAGAAGGGGGCGGAGCUCUUAUUGGAAAUGCUGACGUUUGACCCGUUGAAACGAAUCUCUGCGCUGAAUGCUUUGGAACAUCCAUUCUUUACCGAAUGAGCGCUUUAUUCAGUUUAAGGUCACAAACGCAGCCUGGACCAUGAAGAGUGUUUUUCCACCAUAGGGCUGUGAUGAUAAAUUGAUGCAGAAUCGAUUCUGAGUUUUCUGAAUGCAUCGCUAUUCUCUCUGGAAUCGGUUCUGAGCUUAUAUUUGAACAGCAGAUGACGCUCUACUCUAGUUUUUGUCCGCACACUCAAAUUCUUAUGCUGAAAAGUGUUUGUGCAUUCGGAU